AAAGCGGCUCAGGAACUGCGCCUAUGACCGUCGCGCGCACCUCACGGCCGUAGCUGCAGGCGCUGCUUCCCGGGUUAAUUCCUUCGCUUCCUCCGUUCGCGAAGGGAGUGAGGCCCGGAGGGGAGCCAUGGAGCGCGCUUUGCCUGCUGCCGGCUUCCUGUACUGGGUGGGCGCGGGCACCGUGGCCUACCUGGCCCUGCGCAUCUCGUAUUCGCUCUUCACGGCCCUUCGGGCCUGGGGGUUGGGUCACGAGGCGAGGGUCGGCCCGGGGCUCGGCGAAUGGGCAGUUGUCACAGGUAGUACUGAUGGAAUUGGAAAAUCAUAUGCAGAAGAGUUAGCAAGGCAUGGAAUGAAGAUUGUCCUUAUCAGCAGAUCACAGGACAAACUGAACCAGGUUUCCAGUGAAAUCAGAGAAAAAUUCAAAGUGGAAACAAAGACCAUUGCUGUUGACUUUACGUCAGAAGAUAUUUAUGAUGAAAUUAAAACAAGCUUGGCAGGUCUUGAAGUUGGCGUUUUAGUGAACAAUGUGGGAAUGUCAUAUGUGUAUCCGGAAUACUUUUUGGAUGUUCCUGACUUGGACAAUACCAUCAAGAAACUGAUCAAUGUUAAUAUUCUUUCUGUUUGCAAGAUGACACGGUUGGUACUGCCUGGCAUGGUAGAAAGAUCUAAAGGGGCAAUUCUGAACAUCUCCUCUGCCAGUGGCAUGUACCCAGUUCCACUGUUGACCCUCUACUCUGCCACCAAGGCUUUUGUAGAUUUCUUCUCUCAGUGCCUCCAUGAGGAAUAUAAGAGCAAGGGCAUCUUUGUGCAGAGUGUCCUGCCCUUCUACGUAGCUACAAAACUGGCUAAAAUUCGAAAGCCAACUUUGGAUAAGCCCUCUUCAGAGACGUUUGUGAAGUCUGCCAUUAAAACCGUAGGCGUGCAAUCCCGAACCAACGGAUACCUGAUCCAUUCUCUUAUGGCCUCAGUAUUCUCAAUCCUGCCUUCCUGGCUGUAUUUUAAAGUAACCAUGAAUGUAGUCAGCUCCACCCGGACUCUCUACCUGAAGAAAAGGAAGAAGAACUAAGCAUUGGCAACUGCGCUGAGUAACUUGGCCAGAUGCUCCAGCCUAAGCAUGUUGGCUACAAGGCACUCACCGUCUCCAAGUCUUCAGUUGUCAUGUUAGCGAACAGCUACCAAAGAAGCUAAAGGUCGUCUUAAUUGGGAGGAAAGCAGAAGUUGCUUUCAGGAGUUCCUGAUAUAGAUUCGCAUGCUCCCAGGAGUUAUUUUGAAGUUUUAACAUAAAUGCUCAUAUCAAAUGGAUACAGAACUAACAUUAGCAAGAACCGCUACUAGGAAGGGACAUGAUUAUAGCAAAUCGCUGAACGAUAGAAUGCGACACAAGGCUCGAGUUUCAUCUGGUCCAGAAUGCCAGUGAUGAUUAUGCUUGUAUUUUCUCUGAAACAUACUUUUAAAAGGAAUGGCCAGCUACCCUUUUUUGUUUUUAACACGUUGAGGGUGUGGGGAUUAAUUGCUUUACUUAUGGGAGGACACACUGCAAUUUGAAUAGCACUCUGUAAGGUUUUCUAAAAGCAUGUCCUGGUUUGUACAUUUAUGUAGAACUUACCUUUCUCAAGGGUAGCCAAUGAUGUAAAAGUAAUGAUGAAAUAUGGAGUUACUUUUGACACAUGUUGCCCACUAAAAUAUGCUUUUCUCUAAUACAUGUCUUCUCAGUUUAAACGUAUGUAAAUACCAAAUGCUAUAUGGUGUGAUUUAUAAAGGUAAAUGGGCCAGAAUGUACAUGGAUGGGCAGCCCCUCCAGUGCCACUAAAACCCUGACCCGGGAAGGUGGGCUGCUUGGACGCCGGCUUCUUUGUGUCUGCUCUGCACCAGUACUGCUCACAUGAUGUUAGAGUGGCACUGCAGUUUUAAAUAGGCACCCUAUAGAUAUUGAUACAAUUAGUUUUAAUAAAAGAUGAUAUAACCAU